AUGCUUAUUGGACUAAUUGGACUUAUUGGACUUAUUGGACUUAUUGGACUAAUUGGACUUAUUGGACUUAUUGGACUUAUUGGACUUAUUGGAAUUAUUGGAAUUAUUGGACUUAUUGGACUUAUUGGACUUAUUGGAAUUAUUGGAAUUAUUGGACUUAUUGGACUUAUUGGACUAAUUGGACUAAUUGGACUUAUUGGACUAAUUGGACUUAUUGGACUUAUUGGACUUAUUGGACUAAUUGGACUAAUUGGACUUAUUGGAAUUAUUGGAAUUAUUGGACUUAUUGGACUUAUUGGACUAAUUGGACUUAUUGGAGUUAUUGGACUAAUUGGACUUAUUGGACUUAUUGGACUUAUUGGACUAAUUGGACUUAUUGGACUUAUUGGACUUAUUGGACUUAUUGGACUUAUUGGACUAAUUGGACUUAUUGGACUUAUUGGACUAAUUGGACUUAUUGGACUUAUUGGACUUAUUGGAGUUAUUGGACUAAUUGGACUUAUUGGACUAAUUGGACUAAUUGGACUUAUUGAACUUAUUGGACUUAUUGGACUUAUUGGACUAAUUGGACUAAACCAGUGA